CUUUGCUCAUAAGUGUAAACGUUAUAUGCUGAUGUGCAUGGACAGCAACGAUGGGCGACAAACAAUCGUGUAAAAAAAUCAAAGAAGAAAGAACCGUCUUUCUUUCCAAAGGCAAUGAGGUGUACAGGAUUCCUUCUCUUUUCUACGACAGAGACAAUAAGAUCUUCAUGGCCUUUGCAGAGCAGAGAAGCACUACAAAUGACGCCGACGCAAAACACCUGGUUAUGAAAACAGGAACACUGAAGGAGGAGGAGAGCACUGGUGUGAGAACUAUUGAGUGGUCGGAGCUCAAAGUGGUGAAGGAGGCACAUCUUGAUGGACAUCGUCCGAUGAACCCCUGUCCAGUGUACGAGAAAACCAGCAAAACUCUUUUCCUCUUCUUCGUCUGUGUUAAGGACGGCAUUACAGAGAGCUGGCAGAGAUUCUGGGGCUCUAACAAGACUCGUCUCUGCUACAUUACAACAAAAGAUGGUGGCCAGACUUGGAGCAGUGUGACUGAUUUGACACAUCUUCCUGAUAUCAAUGAAUGGGCCACAUUCGCUGUCGGUCCAGGUCAUGGUCUUCAAACAGAGAGUGGAAAAUUGAUUAUUCCAACUUAUGCAUAUGCUUCUUGCUCCACCUCAUACUGUUGCAUAUCAUGUAAUUGCUCUGUCCCACAUGCUCUCGCUCUGUACAGUGACGAUAAAGGCAGUAGUUGGAAAUUUGGCAAGAUGCUUGAGACAAAAUCAGUUGAAUGUGAAAUUGCAGAGGUGUCUGAUGAUGCAGGCUACAACUACAUCUACUGCAAUGCUCGUAGUGAGGGAGGCUAUAGAGUGGAAGCUCUUGAUGAUGGAGCUGGUUUUAAAACCCUCCCUUCUGCUAGAAAGCUUGUGGAAACAGGUAAAGGCUGUCAGGGAAGUGUGGUCUCCUUUCCAACUGUAAGUGAAGGUGCCACAACUGACUCAAGCCCAAAUAAGUGGCUGCUCUACACCCACCCAAGUGAUCAGUCCAACAGGAUCAAUUUAGGAGUGUAUCUGAAUAAAACCCCACAGGAUCCAAAUGGAUGGAGCAAACCCUGGAUCAUCAACAGUGGACCCAGUGGUUACUCAGACCUGGCUUACAUUGGUGAUGGUUGGUUUGCAUGUCUCAUGGAGUGUGGGGUGCAGAAAUAUACUGAGCAGAUAGCAUAUGAAGUUUUUCACUUCAGUCAAGUCGAAAAGGGGGCAUUGCAGGAAAAGAAUUGUUUUUGUUGCGUGUGUUCUUGUGUUUGUUUUUAAUCUAUAUUUGUCCCUUUUUACACCUUUAUUGAGAGCUCUGCUGAAGAUGUGACAGGAAACAGGAUGAGAGAGAGGGGGAGUGACAUGCAGCAAAGGGCCACGCUACCACUGUGUAGACAUUGUAUGGGGCUGAAGAUCUAAAAUGAUUAAGAGCUCUACAAAUACACCUGACUUUUAGAUUCUGAUGCUGAUGAAGCUUGUAAAUAUGUAAUUAUUUGCUUAGGCUAAUAGAGUGUGGGGAUCAUUGUGAAGUUGAUCAGAUGGCCUUUAAAGUGUUUUGCUGACAUGAGACUUCAGAGCAGCUUGUUGUGUAUUACAGUGAUAUUGUUGUACUGAAAUCACACUUAUAACUACUCAAUAUAAAGAUGUUGGGUUGAUAUGAUUUAAAAAACAAAGUUAUAAUGACUCACACCAUCCAUGAAAAUGACUGAUUUUGUUUUUAUUUCAGCUGUAACAACCAUAUUAUUGAUGUACGUGUCAGAGAUAUGUUGCUGAUGUUUGCUCUUGUCUACAUACAAGUUCAUUAUUUUCAUGUAUAGAGUUAAAGUGUUUAAAGUGUUUGAUCAUCUAUGUAGAAAUGUAAACUUCAUUCCAACUUGAGUUGGAAAUGUUAAUAAAGUCACUGGUAAGGGGUCACAGGUUUCUCAUUGUGCCAACAAUACAACUU